AGCCUUUCAGGGCCAGAGGGGCUGUGGUCUCCCUUCCUCUCCUUAAAUAGCCAGCGUUCCACCCACAGCGGCACGGAGCCCCCUGCCACCACCGACACCCACGGGCGGAGAUCACCUGCUGCCCCGCAGACCCCUGUCCCUUCCUCCCGGACCAGCACCUAGAGCUCUCCGCCCUCACCGUGGUUUUAGCAGUCCUAGGGAAAGUGCCAGCCGAGACCAUCCAGACCAAGUCAGAGGACUGUGGAACCUGGAUUCCUGGGGAAUGGGGUCCCCAUGAGGAACUCCACACUGGACUAAGAACAGACCCUGUUCCUGGUAGCAGCAGGAAACCAUCUCUGGUGUUAGAACUUCAGGCAUCUUGAAACACUCUGAAGCCGGGGGCAAUCUUUUCAGGCUCUGACUCCAGCCAAAGCAUGAAUGGCCUUGAAGUGGCUCCCCCAGGUCUGAUCACCAACUUCUCCCUGGCCACGGCAGAGCAAUGUGGCCAGGAGACGCCACUGGAGAACAUGCUGUUCGCCUCCUUCUACCUUCUGGAUUUUAUCCUGGCUUUCGUUGGCAAUACCCUGGCUCUGUGGCUUUUCAUCCGAGACCACAAGUCUGGGACCCCAGCCAACGUGUUCCUGAUGCAUCUGGCCGUGGCCGACUUGUCGUGCGUGCUGGUCCUGCCCACCCGCCUGGUCUACCACUUCUCUGGGAACCACUGGCCGUUUGGGGAAAUCACAUGCCGUCUCACCGGCUUCCUCUUCUACCUCAACAUGUACGCCAGCAUCUACUUCCUCACCUGCAUCAGCGCCGACCGCUUCCUGGCCAUCGUGCACCCGGUCAAGUCCCUCAAGCUCCGCAGGCCCCUCUACGCACACCUGGCCUGUGCCUUCCUGUGGGUGGUGGUGGCCGUGGCCAUGGCCCCGCUGCUGGUGAGCCCGCAGACCGUGCAAACCAACCACACGGUGGUCUGCCUGCAGCUGUACCGGGAGAAGGCCUCCCACCAUGCCCUGGUGUCCCUGGCCGUGGCCUUCACCUUCCCGUUCAUCACCACGGUCACCUGCUACCUGCUGAUCAUCCGCAGCCUGAGGCAGGGCCUACGUGUGGAGAAGCGCCUCAAGACCAAGGCAGUGCGCAUGAUCGCCAUAGUGCUGGCCAUCUUCCUGGUCUGCUUCGUGCCCUACCACGUCAACCGCUCCGUCUACGUGCUGCACUACCGCAGCCAUGGGGCCUCCUGUGCCACCCAGCGCAUCCUGGCCCUGGCAAACCGCAUCACCUCCUGCCUCACCAGCCUCAACGGGGCGCUCGACCCCAUCAUGUAUUUCUUUGUGGCUGAGAAGUUCCGCCACGCCCUGUGCAACUUGCUCUGUGGCAAAAGGCUCAAGGGCCCGCCUCCCAGCUUCGAAGGGAAAACCAAUGAGAGCUCGCUGAGUGCCAAGUCAGAACUGUGAGCGGCGGGGCGCCGUCCAGGCCGAGCGCAGACUGUUUAGGGCUCAGCAGACUGAGCAAGAGGCAUCUGCCCUUUCCCGAGGCAUCUGCCCUUUCCCCAGCCACCUCCCCAGCAAGCAACCUGAAAUCUCAGCAGAUGCCCACCAUUUCUCUAGAUCGCCUAGUCUCAACCCCUAAAAAGGGAGAACUGACAAAGGGGAUUCAUCGGCCACCCCUCUGCAGGGGCUUGUGAUGGCUAGAAUGGCUCCUAGACACUCAACGACUUCAUCUGUGGCAGGGAGAGAGGAGGCCAGAAGAACAACCCCUGAACAAUGGAGGCCUUUCUUUCCCGCUAGGCUCCCAGCCUCCUUCCCAGUACAGAAUCGCUCAGCAGCAAGGCUCAGCAGAAAGACCCGGAAGGCAGGCUGCAAAUGACCCAGAAGAGGGAUCUGGGAGUCCUGGUAGGGGCAGGGAGGGAGUCUCAGUAUUCCUUUGCAGUGCAAGGUACUCUGAGUCCCCUCUGUAGUGCCUCUGACAGACACACACUGCCUCAGUUGAAGAGACACAGGCCACACAUUUCAGGCUGGUUGCCAGAGGACGUCAGCACUCACGGCCUGCAGGGACUCAGCACAGCUCUGGAUUCUGGAUCUCUCCUGCUGUAACCCCACGCACAAGCCUGCAACCCCCAGAGCUCUUUGACAGGCUCCCGGGCCUCCCAGUCCUGGACAAGCAAAUCCUGUGCAGUCACGGGAGCUCAGCUCAGGCAAGGGCUGGGCUGUGCACCUGCCUCCCACUGACCCAGACCCACUUCCUCCAGAGAGGCCUCUCUCUGCCUGAGCUAUUUCCCUUGCUAACGUGCAGAUAUUUCCCUAACAUGUCCUUUUUUGUAUUUGUUUGUACAGACCAUAAAUAUAACUGUAGCUUUAAGACUACACAGGUUAUUGUGUUUGGUCAACAUGAAGCGUUUCUCAGAACGCUCUCUUUGACCCAAGAAUGGCAAAGUGGUGGUACAGUGGCAGAGGCAGCCUCGUGGGCUCUCUUGCUGGGGCUCUGGCAGCUCACAGCACAUCUGCCCAGAUUCUGAGGUUCUGCACUGUGGGGCUGGGAGGGCCGAGGGGGGGCCCUCAUUCCUCACUCUAGCUGCUGCCCUGCACCGUCCUUACAGCAAUACGCUUUUGUAGCAUGUUUGACUUUCCAAAACAUUUCCAGCAUCUUUCGGAUUUCCCCAACCAGCCCUUGGGGCAGUGGCCCUGUGCAAACCUUGGCUCAGGAAGGAGAUUGGGCUCGCUCCACACGCCCUGUCGGCGACAUUGCUGGUCAGCACGAGCCCCUGGUGCUGUCCCUCGGCCCCUGCACUGCACCGUCUGCCCUUCAGCCCUUCAUUUAGACAAGCUGCUCAAUACCAGGCACCGCCCAGCUCCGAGGACAGUGGGCUAGACACCAGGCACCAGGCCAUGUGCCUCUC